UCCGCCCGUCGCCCGAUGAAGAUUUGUUAGUUUGUUGGCCGCCCGCCGUCGGCGUCUGCUGGUCUCGCGCGAUGAUUAGAUUAAUUAGGUCGUACGGUUAGGAUUUCGUCUAGUUUGUAGGGAUCGACUGAGUUAUCGCUUGAUUAUUAUGGCUUCCUUGGUCGCGGAUUACGGGACCUCCUCCGGCUCGGACGGCGAGACGGACGACGACGUUUCGGACAAUGCCUUCAAGGGUGCGGAGCAGGUGGAGUCGGAGGGGGAGGAGGACGAGGAGGCAGAGGAAAAUGAGGAGGAGAACAGCAGGAGUAACGGUGGACACGUGAGAAUAACUGAAACGACAGCUUCCAAAGACAAGCUUCCAUUGCCGACGCCAGAUUUCAACAGCGCGCCCACGUUAAUGAGGACCUCGGUAUUCCUGAAUCCGUUUGUCGAAGCGGAACGGGCGAAGAGCGCGAUCCUGGAGAAGCACGUGAAGAUGACGCCCACGCUGGACGACACGAAGAUGAUAAACGGCCGCAAGAUCUGCUGGAACUAUCGGAAGGGUCGUUGCCGCUUCGGCCACAACUGUACUUUCGCCCACGACUCGGAUCUGCAUCGCAGCGCGGCCGAAUUAGAAGCCUUACGGGCUCCGCAGGAGACGCUGGUCUGUCAAACUCGGUAUAAUGGGCAGCAACAGCAACAGCAGCAGCAGCAGCAGCAGAUACUGCCGCCCACGAACGACGACGAGAAUGAGGUGGAUCAGGAGAACAAUCAGACAGCGAACAGAAAGCGUAAGAAGAGGCCCGGCCUGUGCCAAUUGUUGCUUCCGAGUAAGAAAGUCUACAAGCAGUUCAAAGCGCAACAACAACAGCAGCAGCAGCAGCAAACCAAAACUAGAUGAAUACUAUUCCUUCGUUUGGGGGUAGUAGUAGGAGAUGAAAUUGUUCUUCUAGCCGAAUCGUUAUGUAUCUUUUGCGAAUCGGAAAGUACGCGCAAUGAGCAAUUUCCCUGCGCAAAUUGUAAAAAAAAAAAGAUUUUUUUAAAGAGGAUAAUUUAGAUGAGAUUUUAGAAGAUAGAAAUUAUGAGAGAGCAAAAAUUGCAGGAGAAACGAAAAAGAUCAUUGUGAACGGUUUUAAGUUCGCUCUCGAGUUUUACGUUUUCGAGAAUCGAAUUUGAAACGGCUCCCAUCAGCAAAGUGGGAGCCAUUAGCGUAUAGCGAUGAGACUAAUCGAGAUCUCGUCUAAGAUUUAGAUUAAUAUUUAAUUAAAACGCGAUUUCGCGAACAAAAUCAAUGUAGGUAUACAAAGGAAAAAGAAAAAAUAAUUCCGAUUUAUGCUUCCAACGCGAACAAAACAUAUGUAGGAUAGGAGCUUUAUUUGAGAAACUUUUUAUCUCAUAUAAAUUCGCGAAAGAUUCCCGUUGCGCGCACAAAACGGACGCGUGUGCUUCUUAAGAUUCGUCUUUCGUAACGCAACGAACUCGUAAAUACAUGUCUUCUUGUUAUCUUGUUUUUCCAUAUUUAUCGUUACUAGCCAAUUAUUUACUAGACAUUCAACAGUACUGUUCGUUCGUGAGAAUACCAAAAUGACGUUUUAUAAUCCAGACACAGAAUAUAUAUUGUAAUAACACGUGAUGAUAUUCGACGAAUUUGGUGUUACAAUACCCCUUUCCACAUACGAAGAAACAUUCUGUAUACCUGACAACAAUACUUCCAUGCGUUUUUUGUGAAUUUAGGAUUGAUCGAAGCGCAUAUGCUUGAUUACAUCCCUCUUUUAUAAGACAAAUGUUUAUUUUACAUUUCCUUACACGGCGAUCGACGAAACAAAUUCGAAAUCGAAUGUAAUUGCAAUAUUGGUAGAUAUUGCGAAUGACGGCAAAGUCAUUUACUAAUACAUUAAUCUUUCUAACGAAGAAGAGUAAUUAUGAUAAUAGAUCGAAAUAAAAUAGAAGGACAAACUAAAUGUUUACCUAACUUUAUCCAAUUUAAGUGGUUAAACAAUGUUUUACUAACGUGUUAAUUACCUGUUGGAGAAGAAGAAAAUAAUUGCGAUAAUAGAUCAAAAUAGGAGAAACAGUGAGAAACCUCAAGUUUAUCGUAACUAUCGUGACUUAAAAGAGGCUCCUCGGUUUCCGAGGAUUUCUAAAAGGUUGCCAAUAAAUGAUUCAGCUGUGCUGAAACAAC